CUGAACUCCACCGUUACCGCCUCGUCUUCAUACGAUCUACGCUCCCCUGUCUGAAUCAAGAUGGUCAUCAACUAUAGCAAGUGGGACGCUCUGGAGCUAAGCGACGACUCCGACAUCGAGGUGCAUCCCAAUGUCGACAAGCGGUCGUUUAUCAGGGCAAAGCAGCACCAAAUCCACUUGGAGCGGCAGCAGCGAAAGGCCCAAAUAAGCGCGCUCAGGCAUGAGCGGAUCAUCAACGACGGCCUGUUGCAGCGGCUGCACACCCUGAUCUCCACCCUACAAUCGCAACAGGAUGCGUCCACAGAGGCAAGCCCUGCCGACGUUGCGUUCCGCCUCAUCAUGGAAUCGGCAUCGAGCAAGCCUGACGAAGACUCCCCUCCGCCGCGCCCUGAAGGCGUGUUCCAUGAGGAUUCACCCCCUCAGCCUACUUAUUCAAAGAUGAUGGUGACCGUUUUGGACGAAGUGAACAAGGAAUUGGACGGAAGGCAACUACAGAAGGAGCAGCGCUACGAAUCGUUUCUCCAAGAGCUGGACAGACAUGUCCGCAAAAUCCAGGACCUCCAAGCGGAUCUGGGUAAGCGACUUGACGCCCUUGAGCAGCAGGAGUCCAAAAAGAUCACCAGCGAGAGCUAUCACGUUGGCUUCGACAGCUCGCAUGUGAGCCGAGCUAAGCAGCCGGAGACAUCGAAGGAGGCUCCGAGCGUGGAGCUGCUGAACCCAAACUACAAGCUCGCAGAGCCGAGCCUAGAUUCGAGUGACCAAAUCCCCGAGUCCGACUACCGCGCCAGUCACGACUACAUCGUCGCGCACCCGGAGAUCGUCCAGAACGAGGCGGAGACGGAUGCGCUUUUGAUCGCAGCAUACAACGCCGUGUUGGACGACAACGACAAGCGGCGGGCCAGGCGGUAUGUGCACCAAGCACUGCUAUUGCAGUACUGCCGAAUGCUCGGGCGUGACGGGGUGGCGGCCUUCUUUCAGCGCAUCGCGGCGCCGGGCCACAAUGCAGGCCAGGUCUUUGAAACCGACGUCAACGAGAGGUUCCAGAAGAUCUGCGAGAUGGGAAGGCGGGACGCGAAGCAGCGGCUUCAAGGGGGCGAGGUGCCGGCAGCCGAGAGCGAGGACGAGGAGGAGAAGAGAGCGCGGGCUGUGUUCGAGACUUUUGCGCCCGAGAUGCGGGCGGCGCUCGAGAGCGGGUCUCUGGACCAGGUAAAUCAAGUCUUGGCCUCAAUGAGCGUCUCGGAGGCAGAGAAAAUGGUCGACCUGCUCAACCAGGCUGGUUGUCUAAGCAUUGAAAACGAUAUCGUCGACGCUACGACAGAAGAAGGGAAGCAGUUUCUGAGGGACAUGGAGAAGGCUGCUCUGGCCGAUUUGGAGCCUAGGGGCUCUGAGGAGACGGCACCCACGGAGACGGUUCCUGAUCCGUAA